CUGCGGCUCGCGUCACCAGCCGGCGACUGGCGCUGCGGCGGCGGCGGCCGGGGCGGCGGCGGGGGCGGCGGCGGCGGCGACGGCUCUGGGGUCCGCGUCUCGGGGUGUGUCGGCCGCCGCUGCUGCUGGGGCCUGGUAUGUACAAAUGGCUGGCUAGGAUCCUCGGCACCAUUUUCCGUCUCUGCGAGCGGCCGGCGCCCCCUGCGCGGGCCCCCCUGAAGAGGCGGCGCUCGAACAGCACUCUGUUUUCUACAGUGGACACUGAUGAGAUACCUGCUAAAAGACCAAGAUUAGAUUGCUUUAUUCAUCAAGUGAAAAGCAGUCUCUACAAUGCUGCCAGCUUAUUUGGAUUCCCAUUCCAGCUGACCACAAAGCCCAUGGUGACCUCUGCUUGUAAUGGAACACGGAAUGCGGCCCCUUCAGGAGAGGUAUUUUCGAACUCUUCGUCUUGUGAACUGACUGGUUCUGGAUCCUGGAACAACAUGCUGAAACUGGGUAAUAAAUCACCUAACGGAAUAAGUGACUAUCCAAAGAUCAGAGUGACAGUAACCCGAGAUCAGCCUCGCAGAGUUCUGCCUUCCUUUGGUUUUACUUCAAACGCAGAAGGCUACAGUAGAAGACCAGGUGGCCGUCGCCAUAGCAAAGGCAAUCCAGAGAGUUCCCUAAUGUGGAGACCUCAGGAGCAGGUGGUGACAGAGGUGACCUCUGAGGACAGUGGCAAGGGUCUGCGGCGUCCCCACUGUACUGUGGAAGAGGGUGUUCAAAAAGAGGAGAGAGAGAAGUACCGAAGGUUGCUGGAGCGGCUGAAAGAAGGAGGCCAUGGGAACUCCGUUCCUCCCAUAGCUUCAGUUCAUCACAGUUCUCCAAGAAGUCAGAUGGACACAUUAAAGACCAAAGGCUGGGGGGAUGAGCUAAGUCAUGGAGUCAAAACGACCCAGUUUGUUCCGAAACAAUAUAGAGUUGUUGAAACAAGGGGACCUCUCUGUUCAGUGAGAAGUGAAAAGAGGUGUUCAAAGGGGAAAAUUUCUGAUUCAGAGAAGACAGUUGGAAUCAGACUAGAAAAUGAGAGUAAUCUUUUUGAUCAGAGGAGGGGACACCAGCUAGAACCUGACUUAUCUGAAGAAGUUUCAGCCCGACUUCGCCUGGGCAGUGGAAGCAAUGGAUUACUCAGGAGGAAAAUAUCAAUACUUGAGACAAAAGAAAAACUUUGCUCAGGCAAAGAAAGGGAUAAAAGGACAGAUGAUCUUCUUGAUCUUACAGAGGACAUGGAAAAGGAAAUCAGUAAUGCCCUAGGCCACGGUCCCCAGGAUGAGAUCCUAAGUAGUGCUUUCAAAUUGCGAAUCACUCGAGGAGAUAUCCAGACCUUGAAGAACUAUCACUGGCUCAAUGAUGAAGUCAUCAAUUUUUAUAUGAAUCUUCUAGUGGAAAGAAACAAAAAACAAGAUUACCCAGCACUUCAUGCAUUCAGUACUUUCUUCUACCCCAAAUUAAAGUCUGGUGGUUACCAAGCAGUAAAAAGAUGGACCAAAGGGGUCAAUCUCUUUGAACAGGAGCUUAUUUUGGUGCCUAUUCAUCGGAAGGUACAUUGGAGCCUAGUGGUCAUAGACCUAAGGAAAAAGUGUCUUAAGUAUCUGGAUUCAAUGGGACAAAAGGGCCACAGGAUCUGUGAGAUUCUUCUUCAGUAUUUACAGGAUGAAAGUAAGACCAAAAGAAACAUAGAUUUGAAUCUUCUGGAGUGGACACACUACAGCAUGAAGCCACAUGAGAUUCCUCAACAGUUGAAUGGGAGUGACUGUGGAAUGUUUACUUGUAAAUAUGCAGAUUAUAUCGCUAGGGACAAACCGAUCACAUUCACUCAGCACCAGAUGCCUCUCUUCCGGAAGAAGAUGGUGUGGGAAAUCCUUCACCAGCAGUUGCUGUGAGAAUGUCCCGUUGGUCCCCGGAGCUGCUGGUAGUUCUUUUCACGGACAGAUGUUUCCAUAUACCUCAUGCAUUGUGGGUUAAGAAGUCCCCGCCUCACCUCUGUUCUCCCAGGUACUGAGCUAUCAAGUGCAUGAAGGCCUCGCACUGGACCGCACUGGACGUGCGUGGGCUGCUUGCAACCCUGUUCAUAAGGCUGUGCCUGCUCGGAGCCUUGGACCCUUCAACCCACACAAGAACAAACGCUGAUUUUUUUUCUUUAGAUUUUUUUUCCCUGUGAAUGUGGGAAAUGCAGGAUUUGUCCUGUGAUUGUAUUGUUUUUCUUUUUUUUUUUCUCGUGUGUUUGUUCACGUGUAUUCAUUUGCUCACUCGUCUGCAGACAUGAUGGGCAGUGGCCAUUUUCUGCUGCUCUUUCACUGUUAACUCUGAAUAUCUUGUUUGAACUAUUUAUUUCUGAAAAAAAAGAAUGUUAAUCAAGCUGCCACUCUCUGCAGAAGAUCAAGCUGGGACAUCAGACUGGGGGAGGAAGGAGGAAGUGUUCAUUUAACUCCACUCAAGCUGGAGUAGCAGCUGCCAACUUGAAGCUAGUCCCAUUUUUGGAGGCUUGAAGCAGUUCGGUGGGGGCGGACCUGACUGCCUCUCUGGAAUGUUUCACGCCGUGUCCUGCCGACGCAGAAUCGUGACCAAGGAGCUCUGGCCAGUUGAGCAGGGUCCGAGGAGUGUUGCGGUCAUUUGAAAGAGACUUCCUGGCUGGGGAUCAGGUGAUGCGUGGCUACUCUUGCAACUGGAUUUGAAGUAACUGUAAAACCUAAAUCUUCUUUUGACAUCCCAGAUCUGAUAUGAGUGUAAAGCUCAGAAUUGUGACUGUUGGCCUGAGCUGUUUAUUUCAAAAGAUACUGUUCAAUUUAAAGCUAUUUUUUUCUCAAAGUUCCUUUUUUGUUUUCUAUAUAUAGAUAUAUAAAGCCUAAAUUAAGUUUUGUAUACAUUAGCCUUUUCACCUCCCCCAUACCACCCCCGCCGCAGUUUGUGGAAGAAAAUUUGAUACUUGUCUCUGAGGUUGCCAGUUAUACAAUAAUCUAUUUUGCAUAUGAAAGUUUGUAUUUAACUUUUUUUGUUCAUUAAAAACCUUACAGAUGUGGUUACGCAUUCUUAAUUUCCUAAAGUUGAGAGUUGGUCAGCCCGUAUUUUGCAAGACCUAGUGCCUAGUGUUGCUUUUCCAGUGUAAUAAAAGGUUGUCUC